AUGACCAGCACGUUCCCCAGCAGCCCCAACACGCAGAUAGCAGAGUAUAGGGCCGUGAUGCACACCGCCAGGACCAACCUCCGCGCGUCUCUGGUCCCCGCGGCCGCCCCGGAGGACCCGUUCAGCCCCGGAGCGGAGCCAUUCGUGACACCCGGGGAGAACGGCAUCAGGAGACUUGUGUUAUCCCAGACUGCUGCAGUGUCCGGAGCCAAAGUGACCGCGUCCAUGGUGAGAAGAGCACGCAUAGAGUCAGCGUGGAAGAUGGGAAAUGUUUGGAGCGCGUGUGAGCGGAGUGAGGAGCGCUCUCUCUCUCCUAAAGCCGCGCUGCUUCAUUCCUCACAGCAAAAAUCUAAACCAGCGAUAAAGCUUACAACAUAA